AUGACGCAACUACAUUCUGUCGCCAGCCUUGACUACGGCGAUGGCCGCACUUGUGUGUGCCGCAUCUGCGAGUGUGGCAAGCACCAGUGCCCCGGCAUCCACAUUCCGUUCGUUGGGGAGACGACCUACCGCGAUGAGUACGUUGGCAAGAACAUCGAGCGGGAGCGACCGCGCAGGGCCCGCCAGACGGUGUUCCCGGUCAAGGCAGAGCCCGGCCACUUCAAAACGACAAACCAGGAGGCAGCGGACUUGCUGAAGGGCAAGGAUCUGCGCCCGGCGGAGUCCUACAAGCCCCGAGAGGCUGCAGCAGCGCCGUUACCCUUUGAGGGUACGACAACCAACCGCGCCGACUUCCCAGGCUGGAUGCCCGAUUACAACCGUGCCAAGCGCAAGGAGAACCCGCUCCCGAAGCUGCCAGGCACAUACGCGACGACAAAGGGGGCGAUGGAGGAACCGGUCCGUGACCUGGUCGCGCAGGGUAAGCUGCCGAAGCCGCCAAAGAGCUUCAAGGCAGACGACACCCUGCAGAAUAGCCUCCCCUUCGACGGCAUUACGAACUACACAGCGGAGUACCAGCCGAAGGAGGUGCCGAUGACGCGCAGCGCCUGCCGCGACACCCAGACCGCCGCCCUGCCUGAAAACCGCGACUUCCAGACCACAGCAUCCAUGGCGUACCAGGUGCCGCCGAUGCACAUGCGCCACGACUGCCCAGCAGCCUUCGUGCCGGUGCGCCCUGCCUCGCGCGAUGGGCACAUCAAGCUCUCCGUCUACAAUAUCCCCUCUGGCGACACCAUGUACUAG